AUGGAGUCUCUUGGCGGCAAACAUGCGUCUUCGGUCUGCAAGUCGAUGUCUAUGGUCUUGCUCGUGUUUGCUGUUGCCUCUAUUGUCCUCUACCUAUUGGUCUCUCAUAUUCGACAAACCUCACAACACCAUACAAAGAAGAACCUGCCCUUACCUCCUGGACCGCCUCGACUACCCAUGCUCGGAAAUUUCUUCAAUAAACCAGACGUAUGCUUCAACUGGUUGACACACUACCAAUGGAAGUACCUGUACGGACCAAUCGUGCAUUACGAGAAGGGAGGACAGUCCCACAUCAUCUUAACAACGGUCGAAGCGGCCCACGAUCUUCUGAACAAGCGAGCAAGCAAUUACUCGGGACGCACAUUCAGUCCUUACGCAGGAGAGCUUGUUUGUAAUAACUACAACAUGCUCUUUCUACAGUACGAUACCCAACUCCGACUGCAUCAAAGACUUCAUGUUCAGGGCCUGAACCCUCGUUCCGUGGCGCUGUACCAUCCUCUGAUAGAGUUGGAAUCGCUCCAGCUGCUCAACGACCUGCUUCUAGAGAUUCAAGACAAGACUGAUGAGAAGCAAAUGGGAGCUACUUUGAACCCUCACUGGCACUUCCGACGUGCAGCAUCCAGCAAUGUGAGUAUGAUAGCUUGGGGCUACCGACUGCUGAGGGGCAACCCCGAGCAUGAAGCACAAAUCAAAUUCUUCGACGUGGCUCCAACAUCGGUGGUCUUGAAAACCACACCGACGUGGUACGAUACCUUUCCUUGGCUCAGAAAUCUUCCCUACGCCAUUUCUCCGUGGAAACGAGCGGCCAAAAUUCUCUUCGAGCGUGAGGAGUCACACUACUUGGCAAACUAUCGCAGCGCCUUGAAGAGACCCGGUUACAAUCUUAGUAAACAGGUAGCCAUCAGUACUGAUAAACUGGGCACGGGGAUGUGUGAGACCGAGCAGGCAUGGUCUGUUGGAACAUUGACCUUGGCCAAUGGUGACACCAGCGUUGCUAUCCUGUGUUGGUUUGUCGUUUCCAUGUUGACGUACCCACGUAUCUUGAACAAGGCUCAAGCCAUGGUUGAUGAGGUUGUUGGCCAAGAUCGUUUGCCUGUUUACGAAGACCGAGAGAAAUUGCCCUACAUUGACGCAAUGAUCGAGGAAGUGAUGCGGUGGCGGCCCAUUCUACCGGCAGGACUGGACCAUGCAGCCGUCGAGGAAGAUGAGUAUAAGGGAUACAGGAUCCCGAAAGGAGCAACGGUGAUUCACUCCCAGUGGCCCAUCACUCGAGACAAAGAGGUAUAUGGCGCGGACUGCAACGACUUCAGGCCAGAGAGAUGGAUCGAGAACGAAGAUUUACCCAGGACCGCCUUUGGAUACGGAAGGCGACUUUGCCCGGGCAGGCAUGUAGGCAGAGAAGGACUGUGGAUAUUGUUUGCCCGACUCAUUUGGGCAUUUCGGCUUGAGCAGACGACUGAUUCUGUCACUUUGAAAAAGAAGGUGGUGGAUCCGAUGUGCAUGUUGCCGGCGGGCUUCGUUAUUGGGCCUGAACCUUUCGAAGCACUGUUCAUUCCUAGGGGCCCAUGGGUUGAAGCCCUCGUACACAAAGAUCUCCAGAGCGCAGAGAAGGAUGUUGGUAAGAUCAUGGAGCAAGUCAAGGUCAAGAAGGGAUUUUGA